GUGCGUUACUGUGUCGCCUCUUGCAUCAUCAUCUGGGACGAGGAAACACGCAACAUUUACUAGUUGGGAUCCGGACCCCCGGGUCGGGACACCGACACAAAGCAUAAAGACGUGUGAGAUUCUAGGCGUGAGGAGGUAAAUGUCCAAGAAACAAACACUUCUAUUCGAGUCAUAGUCUGUUCUUUCCGCGGAAAGGGAAGGGGGUGAGGGGAUGGAGAGGCGCAAUGAUGGUGACGGCGGCAGUGGCGGCAAGAUCAAGAUUGGUGUCUGCGUCAUGGAGAAGAAGGUUUCGUGUUCUCCCAUGGAACAGAUUCUUGAGAGGCUGCGCGCGUUCGGGGAGUUCGAGAUUAUAAUUUUUGGCGACAAAGUGAUUCUUCAAGAUCCCAUUGAGAGUUGGCCAUUAUGUGAUUGUCUAAUUGCCUUUUACUCAUCUGGGUAUCCACUAAAAAAGGCAGAGAAAUAUGCUGCUUUACGAAGGCCCUUUUUGGUGAAUGAGUUGGUCCCGCAAUACCUCCUUCAUGACCGCAGCAAAGUAUAUCAGCAACUUAAAUUGUAUGGGGUUCCUGUUCCAACAUAUGCUGUCGUCAGAAGAGAGUACCCUAACCAAGAACUAAACUACUUUGUUGAGGAUGAUGAUUUUAUUGAGAUCCAUGGGAAACGGUUUUGCAAGCCUUUUGUGGAGAAACCCAUUGAUGGUGAUGACCAUAAUAUAAUGAUAUACUAUCCGAGCUCAGCUGGUGGAGGAAUGAAAGAACUUUUCCGUAAGGUUGGUAAUCGAUCUAGUGAGUUUUACCCAGAUGUGAGGAAGGUGAGGCGAUAUGGAUCUUACAUUUACGAGGAGUUCAUGCCUACAGGAGGGACAGAUGUCAAGGUUUAUACAGUUGGGCCUGGAUAUGCACAUGCUGAAGCACGCAAGUCUCCAGUUGUGGAUGGGGCUGUCAUGAGAAAUUCUGAUGGAAAAGAGGUGCGCUAUCCUGUUCUAUUAACCCCUUCUGAGAAACAAAUAGCAAGGAGCGUUUGCCAAGCCUUCAGACAAGGGGUAAAACAACUAAAACUCUUUCUACCAAGUUACUCUGUAUGUAUGAUGUGGUGAAAGUUUACACUAGAACUUUAUGUAUAAUUUUUAUCCUAUGGGAUGUGAAAUAACUCUGAACAGAUAGAAUUUUGUUGUUGAAACCAUUAACAAGUUCAGAACUUCAGAUAUCUUGGAAUGCCAGCAGAAUUUGUUCAUUUACGGAAACAAUUACAUGGAU